UGUGGAUUAUACCAGCCCAGAAACCAGAAACCAGCAAGAUGUUCAAGCUAUCGCUCUGCCUGCUCGCCGCCUUGAUGCUGGCCAAUGCCUAUGCGGAUAACAUUAACAGGGAUGCCUUGACCAUCAGCGAGAAAUCCGAUCCUGCCGAUCCCGAGGGCAACUUCAACUACGCCUUUGAGACCAGCAAUGGCAUCCAGACCCAGGAGGCCGGUAACGCCAACGGAGUCCAGGGAGAAAGCCGUUACGUCUCUCCCGAAGGCAUCCCCAUUUCGCUGAGCUACGUCGCCGACGAGAACGGCUUCCAGCCGCAAGGUGCUCACCUUCCCACCCCUCCCCCAAUUCCAGAGGCCAUCCUUCGAGCCCUGGAAUACAUUGCCGCCCACCCCCCACAAAACUAGAUCCAGAUUUUGGAUACCCCAUUUAAAGCCUAGUCAGUGCUUUUGCUGAAAAUGAGUUAUAUCUAGUUCUAAAAAGUCUGUACAUAAACCCACAACAAAAAAAAAGAAAAGAAAAAAAUAUGUUGAAAAAUUCCAUCAAAUAUAUCCACCAGCCAUGCUGAUCAUUUGAACAGAGGCU